AAGUUUGCUGAGGAAGCUUGUUGAGAGAGGUGCUUAAUACCUGUUAAACAUAACUCCGUUUUCUGUGGAUUUGAAAUCCAUUCCAAGGUGGUGAAAGAAGAGAAGCAGAAGCGGCGGCAUGCAAUAUACCGUAUGCAGUUAAGGCUGUCGCUGCGGCAUUUGAGCAUUCUGAGGCCGCUGCAUAAGGAAAAGAUCUGAAUCAGCCUUUCUGCCCCCAGCUGCAAAAGUGGUGGCAUUACAGGAUUCUGUGAGCAACCCUGCAAUCCAAUAAAGGAUUGAAAACAUCCAAUUUUGUACAUUGUUUCUUUCUUCGCACUUUUAACUUUCUUUCCAUCCCAACAUCUAAGAAAAGGGCGAAUCACAGCAGGCCAACAUGGCAUUGCUCCGGCGCGUGCUUGCGUCCAGUUUCCUGCAAUCCAACCAGGUACUUGGAAGUUUUCAAUCCAGAUACAUCGCUUCCGCAGCACACCAUGCUUUGCUAGCAGAGCAAUCGACGGGCCAAUCAGACGCCUCCACACAUACCACCUCUUCGGACGCUUCUUUUCGGACAGCGCAAUCGGAUGGAUCGAUUCGGACGCCAAACACUAAUGUAAACAGUAGCGCGGGAUCCCUUGCGCCAGAAGAGUUGUCGGAGUUUCUGAACGAGACGGCGAUGUCAGUGGAGGAGCAAGCGAUGAAUCCCGAGGCGAGACAAUUCGAGGAGCAGCAAGAGGCAUUGCUGGAUGACCUUGAGGCGAUGGCGCAAGAAGCGGCGGGGCCGAGGCGGCAGGCCCCUCUGCCAGAGGACUUUGUCUUCACUCCUGAACCAACGAUCGCCGCUCAACCCCCCACUCCAAAGCCCGCACCUCCAAAAGCCCCCGCGACGUUCCCAACGUUCAUACCCCCGGCCGACAAGUCAAGGCCGGCACAACCAAUCCUGACUCUAGACGACGCGCUGAAAUUUAUCAAAUCAAACGCAAAGGCGAAGUUUGACGAGACAGUCGAAGCUGCGAUCAAGUUGGGUGUGAAUCCGAAGCGAGGGGAUCAGAUGGUGCGAGGAGCGGCGUCCCUUCCACACGGGAGUGGAAAGCCGGUUCGGAUCGCGGUCUUCGCAUCGGGCCCGGCCGCCGAGGAGGCGCGAGCGGCGGGGGCUGACGUGGUGGGCGCGGACGAUCUGGUGGAGGAGAUCAAGAAGAGCGGGGGCAAGCUCGACUUCGACCGGUGCAUCGCAACGCCGGCAAUGAUGCCUAUGCUCGGACAAGUGGCGCGCAUCCUGGGCCCACGUGGCCUCAUGCCCAACCCCAAAGUGGGCACCAUCACGAAUGACGUGGCCGAAGCCGUGCGCGCCACGAAGCGCGGCCGCGUCAACUUCCGUGCCGACAAGUACGGGAUCGUCCACGUGGGUUUAGGCAAGGUUAGCUUCACCGAUGGCGCGAUCAAGGAUAACCUGGGCGCUUUUGCGGCGGCUUUGUUGGAUGCGAAGCCGGCGGGGGCGAAGGGAGUGCCCGGGAGAUACGCGGGUUAUUUGGUUAGUUUGAACAUGUCGUCGAGCAUGGGCCCCGGAGUGAAGGUGGACGUCAAAAGCGUGGGGACGAUGGGCGAGAGUUUGCGAGCGCAGCAGGCUGGUUGAGGCCGGUUGGUCCUUAUCUAAGAGCAGGGCAUCGAGCAGAGCUACUUUCGGGUCUCAGCCAUUGAGUGGAUACCGAACACUGAUUGAGACCGCUUUGUGCCAGCCAUGCUGGCCGCCAUGAUGGUUGCGGAAUUGGUCCCCAAUUGGAAGAUGGGCCGGCCUCUCAUUCUCCACUUCGACUCCAA